AUGACGAGCGAUGGGGAGAGCUCCGACGCAGAUGUGCAACAGAGGAGGGAGGCGACGGUCUCAGAGUCUUCGAAUGCUCUUACCAACGAGAAUCCCAGCAAUGCAGGAGACAGCGAUUCGGAUAGAACGGCUGAGCUUGAAGAGGAUGUGCGUCUAGGAGUCUCGUCGAGUCACGAUCCUCCUCUCCUGCCGCCGCUUCGAUCCCAAGAUGAUGUGCUUGCCCCAGAGAUGGACGAAGACGAGGGCAGUGCAAGGCCGCAUGUGGUGAGACAGGCGGUAGAGGUAGAGGCGACGCUCUUCUCGACCAUCUCUGGUCAGAUAUUCGAGCACAGCUUCAAGGAGGCUCGCAUUCAGAACCAGUCUCAGGUGAAGCAGCGGAUCCACUGCCUGGUCGAAGACGAGCUCCCCGUCGCCCACCAGCGUCACUACACAUCGCCGAGCGACGACUCUGACAGCGAUCAGACCGCGCGAUCCGACUUGUCGGACAGCUGGAAGCAAAUCCGCGAGCAUGACAUGCGAACGCACGUCAAAGGCGAUGAGCACCAGCGCGAGGAAGACGCUAUAGAUGGCAGAGACGAGGAAAAAGCGCGAUCUGCUGGACCUGCUGGUCUAUCAGGUGACGAACAAACAGUAACAAGUAUUUAUCUUGAGAAGAAGAAGAAGAAGAAGAAGAAGAAGAAGAAGAAGAAGAAGAAGAACAUUCAUCAAGAUGAUUUCGAUGCCGCUGAGCCUCAACAAGAAAUCGAGAUCGUGGACCGAGUCAAGAAGAACUCUGACACUGAGAAGGCGAAACAAGACAAUCCCGGGGCUAUAGCAGAUGAUUCGAUCAAUUCUGCCAGCAUUGUCCUCGAGCCUCGUCGAAAGAGACCACACUCCAAGUCUUACUACUGCUCGCUCAUCUGCUGCUUGUCCUCGGGUGCUGGGAGUGUCGUCUUGCUCGCCUUCGGGAUCUCCUGCAUGGUGAAGGGCCACACCCACUGGACGUGCGCGUCGCAGAACGAAACGGGCGGCAUCAUCUUCGUAGCUGCCAGCAUCUUCGCCAUCGUGCUUGCUGCCAUUUGCUGCGGAGUUUGCACGCACCAGACAUUCAGUGAGGAAUCACAGCAGGCGAGCUGA